AAGCGGCGGUUCCUGCUUGCGCUGGCUGCGGCCUGCCUGGCACUGAGGGAGGGGGCGGCCCAGGCCCCGGACCGGCGGAGCAGCGGGGCGGGACUAUGGACCCGGCGGAGGCCGUGCUGCAGGAGAAGGCCCUGAAGUUCAUGAGACAAGCUAACCACCUGUCAAGCUAGUGGCAGAGCUGGAGUUAGGACUCAGGGGCACCCUGCUCCCACCCGGGCUCUCAGUCCACUGAUGCAGGGGUUCUCAAGCAGGGGUACGCAUACCCCGGGGGGGACACAGAAGUCUUGCCGGGGGGACAUCAACUCAUCUGGAUAUUUGCCUGGAUUUACAACAGGCUACAGAAAAAGCACUAGCGAAGUCAGUACACGCUAAAAUUCAUCCAGACAAUGACUUGUUUACACUGCUCUAUAUACUAUACACUGAAAUCCCCGAAUACACAUGCCCAAAGAUGGAUUCCAACUUACAUCUUCUGGAUACCAAGCAUGGCUAAAGCAGUGCUCUAUGCCCAGAUCUCUGUGGCUGGGCUGCUCCAGCCUGGCGGACAGCAUGUCCUCGCUGCGAUGCCUGUAUAACCCAGGGACUGGCGCACUCACAGCUUUCCAGAAUUCCUCAGAGCGAGAAGACUGUAAUAAUGACGAGCCCCCUAGGAAGAUCAUUCCAGAGAAGAAUUCACUUAGACAGACCUACAACAGCUGUGCCAGACUGUGCUUAAACCAAGAAACAGUAUGUCUAGCGAGCACUGCUAUGAAGACUGAAAAUUGUGUGGCCAAAACAAAACUUGCCAAUGGCACUUCCAGCAUGAUUGUGCCCAAACAAAGGAAGCUGUCUGCAAGCUAUGAGAAAGAGAAGGAGCUGUGCGUCAAGUAUUUUGAACAGUGGUCUGAGUCCGAUCAAGUGGAGUUUGUGGAACAUCUCAUCUCCCAGAUGUGUCAUUACCAGCACGGACAUAUAAACUCGUACCUCAAACCUAUGUUACAGAGGGACUUCAUCACUGCACUGCCAGCUCGGGGUUUGGAUCACAUUGCUGAGAACAUACUGUCGUACCUGGAUGCCAAAUCGUUAUGUGCUGCCGAGCUGGUGUGUAAGGAGUGGUACCGGGUGACAUCUGAUGGCAUGCUGUGGAAGAAACUUAUUGAGAGAAUGGUCAGGACAGACUCGCUGUGGAGAGGGUUGGCAGAGAGGAGAGGAUGGGGACAGUAUCUAUUUAAAAAUAAGCCACCUGAUGGGAAUGCCCCACCCAACUCCUUCUAUAGAGCACUUUAUCCAAAAAUUAUACAGGACAUAGAGACAAUAGAAUCAAACUGGCGGUGUGGAAGGCACAGUUUACAGAGAAUCCACUGCCGGAGUGAAACUAGCAAAGGGGUUUAUUGUUUACAGUAUGACGAUCAGAAGAUAGUAAGUGGCCUGCGAGACAACACUAUCAAGAUCUGGGAUAAGAAUACGUUGGAAUGCAAGCGAAUUCUGACUGGACACACGGGUUCCGUCUUGUGCCUACAGUAUGACGAGCGGGUGAUCAUUACUGGAUCUUCUGAUUCAACAGUCAGGGUGUGGGACGUAAAUACCGGCGAGAUGCUAAACACGCUGAUUCACCACUGCGAAGCAGUACUGCACCUGCGCUUUAACAAUGGCAUGAUGGUGACUUGUUCCAAAGACCGUUCCAUUGCCGUCUGGGACAUGGCUUCCCCGACGGACAUUACCCUGCGAAGGGUCCUGGUAGGACACAGAGCUGCUGUCAACGUAGUGGACUUUGAUGACAAGUACAUUGUGUCAGCAUCAGGUGAUAGGACUAUAAAGGUCUGGAACACUAGUACCUGCGAGUUCGUGCGCACCUUAAAUGGCCACAAACGAGGCAUCGCGUGUCUGCAGUACAGAGAUCGGCUAGUAGUGAGUGGCUCUUCAGAUAACACUAUCAGGUUAUGGGAUAUAGAGUGCGGGGCAUGUUUACGAGUACUGGAAGGCCAUGAGGAGUUGGUGAGAUGCAUACGCUUCGAUAACAAGAGGAUAGUCAGCGGGGCAUAUGAUGGGAAAAUUAAAGUGUGGGAUCUUGUCGCUGCUCUGGACCCUCGCGCUCCAGCUGGGACCCUCUGUCUGCGAACCCUCGUGGAGCAUUCUGGGAGAGUCUUUCGACUCCAGUUCGACGAAUUCCAGAUCAUCAGCAGCUCGCACGAUGACACAAUCCUCAUGUGGGACUUCCUGAAUGACCCAGCUGCCCAAGCAGAAUCGACCCGCUCCCCGUCCAGAACGUACACCUACAUCUCCAGAUAAAUAACAGUACACUGUACCUCAUGCGCGCACAGAACUCGUUUAAGCUGCAGUAUUUAAAUUAUCUGCCAAUGCCGGGACAAAAGAACUAUCCACGUAACCAAUCCUUGCGGAAGAGAGAGGCUCUCGGAUUCAUUUCUGGAACAAAGUUGGCAUGCGGUUGAUCUCCGACAGGGUCUGCUCAGUGCAGCUGACUGCUGAAGUGCUGCUAUAUCAGAAGAUGUCUUUGGUCUUUCAUGAACGAUUAACAUUUUUAAACCACCCCUCUGUCUUUUCCCCUCUGCCUAGCCACUCCCCUCCCCACUUCCCUGUCUUUCCCUCUUGUCCCAGUCACAGAUGUCCUAUAAAUAUAUUUAACGUGUUGCCAGAAUUUGUUGCUUUGGUGUUAAACAGAAGAAUCAUUGCCACUGUGCAUCCUGCUGAGAGUCCUUCCGGGUUGGGGGGAAGGGGCUGCUGCUUCGAAUAUUAAACAACAUCAUUGCCGGGCUUUUGUAAGACCAUGCAACUGCUGACUCUGAAAAGCAACAAACACCGUGCUGGAGAGGAGGUGAGAGCCCCUGCUGCCUUUGGGCGUUGUGUCUGGAAACCGGGGCUCGUGGAGCUAUUGGGCAUCUGAAGCUGACAGUUUGGAGCCAAAUCCACCUUUUUUUGCUUUCUUCUCUUGCUUGUCCCUCUAACCCUUUGGAGGCUGGAUGUGUAUUGCAAUUUCCCUCCGCAGUCAUUGGGCUGCCAGUCUGGGCAGUGCCAGUCAACAAAAGGUUAAACUGGCUUCUGCCAAAGUCCCAAGUCCAGUAUUUCCUGGGGGUGGGAAUCAGUUCCUGAAGGGUAUGGGGCAGUAUUUCACUAUCAAAGACAUUAUCUGGACCCAGGGCAGGGUUCCGUUUCUCCUGCUAUUGGCCCUGAAGACUGUAUGGAUUUUGUUAAUGGUUUAAGAUUUGUAUUUCUGCUUAGAUAGAAACAUGAGGCUGGGGUGGGGAGAAGACUGUGGCACCCUCUUUCCUCGUCCCCCAGGAGAUGUCACAGCCAGAGGAUGGAAGAGGGAGCUGUAGAGGACCUUGUUGGCCCAGCUUUGGAGGACUUUUGUGGCUGACCACAUCCCUAAAUAAGAAUAUAAGAGCUGCUGUAGUGGGUCAGAUGAGAGGUCCAUCUAGCCCAAUAUCCUGUCUCCGACAGUGGCCAGCGUGGUGCACUGUGACCCAGGAGGGGAUGGCUGGGUUGGGUCCUGUGGCUGAUAGGACCGAUACAGCCAGUUGACUGGGGCAGGCCACAUGUGUUUUCUCAUUGGUUUAACCGGUGGGAUUGGCUGUCUUGGCCAGCUGGCUGUACCUCCAGGCCAGCUCUGCCGUAUUUCUGGGGCUGGCGCCGCCGGUCCCCAGUGCGGGUGAGGGAGAUGAGUCGUGUGACCUUUCUGAGCCCCAACCUUCUCUGCACCGCAGUUUAGGAACAGGACGAUAAUUAACCCGCGUACUGAUCAUCACCCUGAAUCGUCACACACUAGCCGAGACCUUUGAGAACCACCAUGGCUCAGAAUGGAGAGCACCCACUGACAGGCAGGGCGUGAGGAGCGACUCUCCAUGUCACAGCCAGUCAGCUAGACCGAAAGAGCCAGUGGGGGACCCCGCAGGCGCUGGCUUCCCCACUGCAGUGGGAACAGCCACCUGAGAGGCCUUGCUUUUGGGAGAGGAAGGGUUAAAUAAAAUAAUCUCCAGUCAUUCCAACCUCAGUUUAACGUCUGUCAAAAUUUCUGGUACAAACUUUAGGCCCAGUUCACCCACUGCAGGUCUUGAAUGACACCCAUCGCCUUCACUGGGAGUUAGUCCCAUCCUGCACUGGGAAACUAGAGCCCUUUAUCUCCUCAAUUCUAAGGUUGGAACUUGGCAGAUGGGAGAUUUGACUGGUACGUUCUCACCAGCCUUGCUCUGCUGGGGGUCACGAUUGCGUCACUAACUAGCUUUGCCGUCCUUUUUCCACCAGUGACGUUUUGCAAGCGACUAGGUGACUCGAGGAGCUAGCAGAUGGGAAGGCAGUGGCGACGUUGGAAGGUAGCUGGCAGAGCUCAGAGUACUCAGAACAGCUCCAAAGGAGCGUGAGAAUCUGUGUGAAAAGAAACCCCCAGCUCCCAUAUGUCUUCAGGAGGGCCUAGGACCCAGAGCGACUCUAAAGAGCCUCUCUUAGUCAGAGCUGGUCAUUGACACGCCUCCUACUUUCUAUUUGUUUAAAUUACUAUUGUAAAAAGAGCAAAAUAAACGAACUCCGUUCGGAGAACAUUCGUGGCCUGACUCAGACUGGCAGAGGCAACGAAAGGCUGAGGCAAGACCGAAAGCAUAUCCUUAAUACUAGGCUGAACUAUCGCAGAGGUCCUUGGCUGCUGGGUGAUCAGACAUACUGGAUCCCCAAAGCAUGGGCGGAGACGGGUGGAUCAUAUUUUUCACUCUGAAUUGCUCCUGCUGAAGUGGAGUUCCAAGUCUCAUCAGUAAUGUUGUUUGAACACGGCUCCUUUUGGUGCGGUUGUUACAAAACUGCAGUGUGGCUGUGAGAGAGUGGACAGUUACAUGGAGCUGGCUGCAGACGUAACAGCUUUUCUUCCCUCCGUUUGUCUUGUCACUUUUCGGCUACAGGCGGUGCUAGACGAUCGUGACUCUUCGCCUUGGAUGCGACGGAGGUUCUCACGGUUUUAUCAGUGUCCUUGGGGGCGGUGCCUGCUAGUGUGGAGUUUGUUUUGCUAGUUGUGAGGACUUGGGGAGAUCCAGCAUGCUUCCUGGCCAAACAUGGAGACAACACUGUUGCAAAUCAUCAUUGGUUGUCCUAGCCCUGCUGUUCCAUGCUGCUAUUUUGAAACUUCUAAGCACUGCUGGGUUUUUAAGUGGUACCAGAGUUGUAAUUCUGCUGUAUAAAUCUGUUUGUAAGGUACAGUGUGUGAGCAACUGUUGCAAUAGUUUUAUUUUAUUUUUUUGGCGUGUGGUAGAGGGCUGUUUGACUCGUCAGGAGGGACUAUGUCUGGGGACUUUAAUACAGAAUGGCUCAAUGGAGAAUCCUGCCCCAACCCUCAAGUUGUACAAAGUCCUACCCCAGCCUCCAAGUUCCUUCUGAUGUCUAAGAAGGAAACUGAUCUAAGAAACUCAAAUCUGCCACCGCUCCCAGCCUUGGGGUCAUCUGCUGUUCAGCGUAGGAGGAAUAAUGUGGCUAUUAGACCUUCAUGUCAAGGUGGCUUUCUACCUUGUCCACUAAGGAGCUGUGCGUGGAGAUUUCAACAUGAAUUGACUGCGUAAUCCCCAGCAGGGCUGGAGUAAAUGCAGCAUUUAAAAGGAAAAGAAAAAUGAAAUUCGUCUGGUGAAAGGAGCCAGAAGCAAGGACUAGUGGUGUGCAUGGACUCAGAUGUUGCACAUCCCUUUGAAAUGAGAUACAUCUGCUGCAUCGAGACUGUCACUUCUCCCACGAUAGUCUUGCCUUUUGGACCCGGGGACUGGAAACUGGAGGUGGGACGUAAGAGCAAGACAAUCCAUUACAGCGCUGACGCCGCCUGUUCGCAACUCCAGGGCAGCUAGAGGUCAGGAGGGAGCCUUGCUGCAAACACGCCCGUUUCUGAUCCCAGGAGGAAAGCUGCUCACCUCAACAUACGCAAACUGAAAACGGGCGUGAAGGAAUUUGCAGCCCAGAGAACCUUUGCAGCUGUCCCUCUGCUUCGAGGGUUUCAGGUGGCGAGAGUUGAGGUCUGUGAUCAUUGUGAGCAUCGAAAUGCUGUAAACUUGUUUCUGAACUGGAAGAGGUUGUGGCCCGCCGUGCUUCCCCUUCCCAUCCACCUGUUCCUGCAUUGAAAGGAUCCUUUAUUCUGUAUUUUAAUCCUUGUACACUCAAAAGCUGGAGAGUAAGGUGCAUAUUUUUCCUCUUUCUCCUCCCCACACUGUCUGAACAGAACAUUGGGCCUGAUGCUGAGACUCUCGUCACCCCGAAGUCCGGUUAGGAGUUGUGGGUGUUCAGCACCUGUCAGGAUUGGGCCUUGCACUCAAGUGUCCGUUGAUGUCCUUCAGCUCCCCUUUAGGUCUGCUUUUGUGAAGCCGGGAUUCCUGAACUGGUCCAUGGAGCAUUUGGUCGGAUGAUGCUAGCAGCCCCUCCUCCUCAGCAGCGGAUAAUGGGGAGGAGCCAGCCUGGAUACUGCAGGGAUAUGGCUCAUUUGCAAAUGAGCUCUUGCCUGCAGGAGGGGACGGGACGGGACGGGACAGGAGGGGAGGCAGCCCGCCCAGGUGAUUGGAAAGGGGAGGGGAGAGUGGCCCCUCUGCAAAGGUGGGGACUACACUGAACAAGAAUCAUGGCCCUGGUCUAGAUUGUGCAUUGCUCUCCAGUGUGCAGUUGGUUUAGAAGGAAGGAGAUUCUUCUGUGUAGGAGAGGGUAAAAAAACCUUGUCAGAAACAACUGCUUCCUAGAAUUGCCGGAUUGAUUGACUCCCCGUUUUUUCGGGGUCGGGAGGACAAUCUGAAAGUCAUUAGGAAUACCAAUGACUAUACUUUACCGGGGGCCUCGUGCGGCAUGCAGGAUGUAUUUAUCUUGCUGAGUUUUGCUUUGUUGUUCCCCCCCACCCCACCACAAGCACCAAGAUUUCCAGAGACGGUAACUUCAGGUGAUUCCAGCUGCACCUCCAGAGCAGGGCCUGCAUGUGAAAUCUCUCCUGUGACUGCCUGCUGGUUUUCGUCCCUGUGGUCUGCAGUUGUCCUACCCUCACUGCGGAGGAGUGCUGCUUAGGGAGACUACAGGUCCCUGCAUGCAGUGCUCCGUCUUGAGCCAAGCAGCCAUCACUUGGGUUGAGAUGGAGGAUGGCCUGCUCUGACAGCUGCACCUCUGUGUUGAAGAUACUGCCAGCUGCAUUCCGGGGCUUUUUUCACAUAAGGUUUGGCCUUUCGGCUGCUGCUGGCAGGUUCCCAACUCAGCCCUCGGUUGGUCAGAGGUUGGGCACCCUGUCGUAACAUGUGGUACCUAAUGUGGAUCAGGAAUCUACCCACUCGCUACCUGUUAAAUCGUCCUCUAGGUGCCCUUCCAAACAGCCUGGUGGCCAGCUCUUCUGUCUGCCAGUCCCAGCAGCAACUUCCACGCAAAUAGAUUUCAGUCCCCAUUAGCUCUUGCCCAGUUACAGUUCUGUUAAACACAGAAAAUCCACCCAAGCGAUGACAUUAUACCCACCUCACCCCCGGUGUAGACAGCAUUAUGUCGGUGGGAGGGCUUCUCCCCUUGCCCUAGCUAGGCGUAGAGUCCCUAUGCUGGUGGGAGAAGCUCUCUGGGCCGCAUAGUAACAUCUUCACUAAGUGCUGCUCUGCUGCACCGCUGAGGUGUAGACAAGCCCCGUGUGUGUGUGUGUGUGUGUGUGUGCGUGCGCGCGCACACCUGCUGACAGGUGUAAUUCUCAGCCUGAGGAGACAUGCACACAUUACAGCCGGGCCUGAGCGGAGUCCCACCAGGCCCCCUCGGGUCCGGUCCCGCACAGCUCGCCCGAGCCACCGCCGCUUUUACGUACAAACUCGAGCAGAGCCAACGUAUCCGUCUGCCCAAGCUGGGAAUUACAACUCCCAGCUGCUGCGUGGACGUAACCUUAGGGAUGCAUUGCCCACCACAGGCCCCUUACGAUACUGCCCCUAACUACUGGUUACUUUUGAGCAGUGGACCACCCUGAGAAGUUUUCAAAUUCCUUUUCAAGUGACUCCUAUAUGGUUAUGGCCAGAAGAGUGACAUGGUAAAACUUGAUCCUCCUGACUCAACGUGACUGCUGCCUGCGUGUCUUUGAAUCCUAGUUGCUGACUUCACUGGUAAAAUGUGUUGAUCCUGUUAGCACUGCAGAGCCGAUUAAAUUAUUAGUAAAGUUCUACUUGCUGAACCAUUAGUGCUGGAAGAGGGUGACCCACCUCUGAUCGUCAGGACCCAAGUUGAUGUCUGUGCUAGUGAGCUGGCUUGUAAAAAGGAUUUUUCCUGCUGUGAAACUCAUUGAGACGAUCAAUGUGGAACUCUUAUGUUGUCACCUCUGAGUGUAACCCCACUUUCAGCUCCUUUCCUUGGUAUUCUGACAUGAGAAGCUGGGCUGCUCGUGCCAUCCAUAGUUACGUUGCAAAAGGCACUGGUAACCCACGAAAUGUAAUUGAUCCAGUAACUUGUCAUUACUUUUACAGCAUAGCUUUUUAAUCCCCCAGAGCACCCCAUCAUCCAGCGCAUGCUGCAUCACUUUUCAACUGCUCCAGUGGAGGUGGGUGUGGAAGUGGAAGGGGUAGAAAGAACAUGGGCUCCAGAGUUUUCUGUUUGUUACUCGGCUAUAUUUGUUCUCUAGAUUAAGUAACAAGUGCUUUGAAUUUUGUGAUUAUGUUACAGUGACGUGUAGUUAAUGUACUAAUGUUCACUUGAACUAGGAUCAUGGUAACCGUGUGGGUUUUUUUAUUAUUUUAACUGUUCAGAAAAUAAGUUAAAUACAAGUGUGAUAUUAA